CGGGCCUCACCAGUCCCGCGAGUGCUCUUUAAGGACUGCCAGACCAUAAUGAAGGUUCUUUUACUGAAAGAUGCUAAGGGGGAUGACUGUGGCCAGGAUCCGUAUAUCAGGGAAUUAGGAUUAUAUGGACUUGAAGCCACUUUAAUCCCUGUUUUAUCAUUUGAGUUUUUGUCUCUUCCCAGUUUCUCUGAGAAGCUGUCUCAUCCUGAAUGUUAUGGGGGACUCAUUUUUACCAGCCCCAGAGCAGUGGAAGCCAUGGAGUUGUGUUUGGAAAAGCACAAUAAAACUGAAGUCUGGGAAAAGUGUCUGAAAGGAAAAUGGAAUGCUAAGCCAGUGUACGUGGUUGGAAAUGCUACUGCUUCUCUAGUGAAUAAAAUGGGCCUGAAUACAGAAGGAGAAAACUGUGGAAAUGCAGAAAAACUUGCAGAAUAUAUUUGUUCCAGGGAGUCAUCAGCAUUGCCUCUUCUGUUUCCCUGUGGAACCCUCAAAAGAGAAGUCCUACCGAAAAUGCUCAAGGAGAAAGGGAUUACCAUGGAAAGCAUAACUAUCUAUCAGACAAUUCCACACCCAGGAAUCCAAGAGAACCUGAACAGCUAUUAUUCCCAGCAGGGCAUUCCAGCCAGUAUCACCUUUUUCAGUCCCUCUGGCCUCACAUACAGCCUCAAGCAUAUUCAAGAGUUAUCUGGUGAAAGCAUUGACCAAAUUAAGUUCAUAGCCAUCGGCCCCACCACAGCUCGUGCCCUAGCCUCCCAGGGCCUGCCCGUCAGCUGUACUGCAGAGAGCCCCACGCCACAAGCCCUGGCCACUGGCCUCAGGAAGGUGCUGCAGACCCAGGGCUGCUGCUGAGUCAGCUCCCCCAGUGCCCUUGGCCUCAUGCAGCCCUCCAGGGCACAUCAUCUCCCCUAUGGGGCCUACAGCAUGGAGCCAAGCACCAGUCAAGGUCUCUCAGGAAACCACCAGCAUCAGACUCCUACCUCAAGCCUGAGUGGACCCACCUAGAGAUGAGGAAUCAAGACUUGGGGCUGGAAUUGGACACACAUGCACAUGACUGCCCUCCUUGGAGACCAACUUGGACUCUAUCUAAGCCUGUGUGCACACAAGCUCCCAGGCCCUUGGGAAAGCUUCCUGUGCCUAGCAGGAAGGAAAUAAAAUAAACCACACUGACUGCUCGGACUUACUGAGUAUGCAUUGUU